CUUUACAGACAUGGAAAAAGUUUAGAUUCCUCACUUUUUCGUCUAAACUUGCUAGAGGGGUUAGUCGCAACAGACAAAAGAUGACACGCACUCGGUAUGGCAUAAAUACACCUUCCCUCUUCUCCUCUGCUUCUCAGAGCUCACCAUUGAGAGAGAAGGAGAUAUCAUAACAACAACAUUUUCUCACAAAUACGAGUCGACUGACCUCCCUGCGUUGUACGGGACUGAGGGAGAGGCUCAGGACAUGGAGUGGUGGUUCUUCACCAGAAAGUAUUACAAGUACAACAAAAGCUCUCGCUCGAAUCGGAGCACGAAGAAGGGAUACUGGAAAAUCACAGGCAAGGAGCGUGGGAUUAAGGCUCGACGAUCCAAAGCUGAAAUUGGGAACAAGAGGACAUUGACUUUUUACCAGGAUCGUGUGCCGAAAUCGAACAUGACCAGCUGGGUCAUUCUUGAGUACUAUCUUCCUGGAAAUGUUGUUAUUUCGUAUCCGAAGCAGGCCCAGGGCGACUUUGUUGUCUGUCGCUUGAAGAUUAAAUCAGAUGUGAAGGAUUCUUCGGUCGGUAAUGAAGGAGAACCCGGUAGCGCUGGUGUGUCGAAUUGCAAAAAUCAAGCUGCUGAUGAAAUGAAUCAAGAGGGAAGAGAGGAGUUGCUAUUCCAUCAACCUCAGCCUCUGGAUGACUGCUGCCCCUCAGCACUGCGGUCACCGGCAUCUCAAGAGCUGGAAGCUGUUCUGCAAACCAAUAGCACUAAUGAUGAUUGUAUUAAGUUGCAAUCACCAUUUGGAGAUGGUGGUUCUUGUCUUCUAGACGGGAAUGAAGUUUCAACCUGUGAUGAAGAUGAGACGGUGUGUGAUGUGUUUCCACAGCUAUGUGAUCCGCCAGAAGAAAAUCUGGACUCACUCUUACGUCCACCUCAGCCACAAGAUCACCGCCCAUCCAUACUGCAGUCACCAAUAUACACAAGGCUGGGAAAUGAUCCACAUCCGCUUCAGCCGCAGGAUUACCAGCCCUCAAUAUUGCAGUCACCAAUAUACACAAAGUUGGGAAAUGUUUCAGAUUCCAAUCUCUAUUUUGGUGAAUGCAAUAAUUGGCAAUGUGCAUUUAAGAAAAAAGUUUCAACCAAUGAAGUUGACAUACCAGUUAGACAUAUCUUGUCUAAUUUUGAAAAUCAAGCUACAGAUUAUAGGAUUCUAAAGGUGCAUCAUCCUCAAUCCAAAGAAAAUCUGGAACCAGUGGUUUAUUCAUUCCAGCCACAAGAUUGUACUGUGCAAUCAAUGAUGUACACAAUAUAUGGAGAUGCUUUACAUAAUAUUGAAUGCAAUUAUUUGCAAUCUUCGCUUGCGAACUAUGACUCUUCUGUCACAAAGUUGUUGAAUACAAGCACUGCUGACCAGGAUUAUUACUCUUCUGAUCAAACAACACAGACUCCUUCCAUAGACUCCAACCUGCCAACGUCACUGAGAAGGGUCUACCAUGGGGAUAGUGGAGUAAGCAGGUAUGAUACAUACACUGAAGUAGCCCAUGGAAGUGUACAAUAUUUGUCUGCAGUAGCUAUUGGAAAUACCCUCCAAUGUAGCUAAUGAACUACAAGAGUAUGAUAUUAUCCUGUAGCUAAUGGAUAGGCCUUUGAAGGAAUUGAAGAUGAAGCUUUUCAAAUAUGAGAUAUCAAUGCUUGUACUAACCGCUCCCGGAGGAAGUGGGAAAACUACACUGGCAACAAAGUUUUGUCAAGAUGGAGAAGUCAGAGAUAAAUUCAAGAACAAUAUCUUCUUUCUAACUGUUUCCAAGAGCCCAACUUAGACCUUGUACAAGAGAACGCAAAGGUUCCCAGAUACCCGAUUUUCAAAAUGAAGUAACUGCAGUUAAUUGGCUACACGAUUUUCUAGACCA